AUGUCUGAGGCGCCGGGUUGUCGGUUCAAAGUUUUGUCUGUGACACGGGCAUGCGCCUUUGACAGCCCGGCCCACAGUGCUGCCGCGGCUGUCGUCACCGUCCACGCCGCAUCCAAGUACCCAUGCUUCACUAUCGACGAGGACGAGGAAGCCGCUGUCUCUAGAACUACACCUUCGCAUAGCCACACGGAGGCCGGCACAUUAAGGAAAAGGGCCCAGCGAGCCUGUAGCCAAUGUCACUCUCACAAGACCAAAUGCUCGGGUGACCUGCCUCGUUGCAAGAGGUGCGAGGCCAGCAACCUCAACUGCGAGUACACUCCAGCCAAGAGGAGGUUCACCAACGUCCGCUUUCAAAAUGCACCAAAGUCGUCCGAAGUCCACUCUUCUGCGCCCAGCAAGUCGCCAGACGACACAGCCAGUCCACUACCUAGCACGGGCAAUUCAGCCGGCGCAUUCAACCUCCUCGUGGAACAGUCUCCUUUGAACGCAGAGGACCUGUUAGCCCGCAAGAACCUGAUACUCCGCCAUGUGGAUGCUUUCAUGCACAACCUGUAUUGGCUUCCCUGCCAGGGGUAUUUCCACCCCAAGACGCUGUACCGGGAAAUCGAGGCAGGAACGCUCGAUCCAGCUCAGGCGGCUUCGAUAUGUGCUCUUGCGAGCUUCUUUGUGAACCCGACCGAGAGUGGCCGCGAAUUCGGCCUCAAAUGCAGCAACCACGUCGAGUUGUACCUUUUCCAUAACGUUCACAAGUUCUCCGACGAGUCGCUCAUCAUAUUUGCUCUCAACAUCACCUUCAAUUGCGUUCAAGGCUCAUUUGCCAAGGUCUGGCAAUGUUUCGGGAUAGCGACCCGACUAAUGCUGGGUUUGCGCAUCAACUGGGACGUCGUACCGCCUGGCCGAACAUUCAUUCAGCAGGAGUGCCUUCGACGGAUAGGCUGGCAUUUCUUCCACGUGGAUCGCCUACUUGCUGGAGGAUACGAGGAGUACAUCUCUUGUCGGGCAGACAUCAUGAAAAUACCUCUGCCCUGCGACGAGACGGCAUUCAGGGAGAACCGACCGGUGGUGGCGGAGAAGCUCUACGACAAGCCAAGCCGACCGCCCAGAACUAUCAACAUGCAUGCGUUCCAAAUUCGCCUCAUCGACCUGCGGCAUCGGAUCCAGGUAACCACCAAGAGGCUCUGCUCUGCAUCAGGCGCAAACUUUUCACAUAUUGAUGCGUCCAAGAUCAUGGCUGAUAUCAACGGGCUGCAAAACGAACUUACACGCUUCCACGCGUCCCUGCCUACCGAUAUUCUGCUCAGUGAUCAGAGCAUCUCACGCUACAUGGCUAUGGAAGAACGCCCAGGUUACGUCUUUCUCCACUGCCACCUUGCCGGAAGCCACAUCGACUUGUACCGAUAUUUCCUGCCAGGUCAGAAGGAGAAGAUCCCGGUCGAAAUUCUGCGCAAGCUUCCGCCAGAGUUCAUCGCCCGCUCCCAGAAGCAGGCUGUGGCGCACUCCAUGUCCUUUGGCCGGUUCUGCGACGCUAUCCAGAACGAGGUGGACCAGAUGAGAGAUACGGGCAGGCUCGAGCUGGCGGGUGACUGCUCUACAAUCCAAAUAGGGACGAGUUGCGUGCGCGUGCUUCUGAUAGCCCUGCAGCAUCAACUCUACCGCGAUAUCACCCGAGAGACAACUGCGCCGUUGUGGAGGAUGGGUGAUGUCGACGAGGCGCACAUACGCUUCCUCAUCAAGGCGGUACAGCGUAUGACCGAGCCUUGGCGAGAUAUCUUGACGAUAGCUCAGCAGGCGUAUGAACACAACAAGGCCCUCGUCGAGCACUAUGACAAAACCAAGAAGGUCAGCGAUGGACUGUCACCGGACAGGACGUUUCAGUUGCGAGCAAAUGGCGACGGACGUCUCCCUGGUCCAGACUUCCUUCUCGAAAGCGUCGCUGCAGGCACCCUGGACGACCUUCCGACAAACGUGGCAACGGACACGCAGGGCUCUGACAGGUGGCUUCGAUCAUCACAGCCGCACAACGGCGGAUCGUCCAACAGCUCAAACUCACCCUCUGGAGGAUUUGUCAUUGAGCCUGGGACACCUGGCAUUCCCAUACUUCUCGCUCAGGCGCGAAGCGCUUCGAUGGACCCGUCGGAGAUGUGCGGCCCGGACACCGAUACUAGCAUGGUAGGCAUGGGGUCUGUAACCGACGCCCUUCCGAACGGCCAUCCGAUGGCACCACCGAACGGGCUGUCCAUGAUGCCCAUGAACGGCGGCAUCGAUCCAGCCAUGUAUCAGCAGGCACAGGGGGUGCCUGGCGCAGCCUUCAUGAUGGCGCCGCAGGGCGUGUUCAUGGACGGAUACGGAGGCCAGUACAUGAACGGCCAGCAAGGGCCCCCGAGCUACGGCCAUCAAGGGUAUGGCUAG